AUGGCUGUGCGAAUCACGGAUAGGCUAAUCAAUCUUACACCUCCUCCAUCCAGCAUGGUUUCCCCCACCACCUUCAGUCCAAUGUCUGCCCAUCAUGAAGAGCAGGGCGAUAACAUCGUGUCUGCUGACCCAGGAGGCCAACGUGCAACCCCAAAUGGGCUUGGCCAGUCGAAUGUUUCCUCGUCUCAGUCGUUUGUCACUGCUCCGAGACGUGGAUGUGGCUUACGAACCGAAGCAAACAACUCCAACGACAGCAACCAAACCAAAGGGGACCAGAAUGAGUAUCAGCGAAACUAUAAGAAGCGAGCUGAAUGUCUUGAAAUUUUUCAAGAUAUCCAGGAUGCUUUGUGGCAACAAUUUCAUCAGAUGCAAACUAUUGUAUUUGACUCCAAAGAAAUUGAAUGCACGCUUCAAGAAUUGUCGAUCGAGGAAUUCGAUAUCGAGCUAAUUCGCGCCCUCCGUACAUUGGGCAAUUCUCUCACCGGAGUUCGGCAUAUCUUAAAGGGAAACAUCGUUAUGAUGGAAGAAGCAAAGGCUGCUCCAAGCCCCUCCAGUUCUGUUGUUAGCAGUUCAACUCCACAGUCUGACGAACACGGAAUGACAAACAGCAGAGUAGGAUCGCCAGAUACCGUCGAAACUGAGCCCGAUCUUUUGCUAGAUGAUGUGACUUUCGAUUUGGAAAUCACCGGCACUUCUGAUGUCGAUGGGGAUCGGCCAAUCGACAACUGGAACAUAGCAUUGACAGAAGGAGAUGACCCUUUUGUUGAUGCCUCAGGAGAAGAUGCCACUAUUCCAUUGGAUUUGAACUAUAAACCAGAUGCAGCAGACAUCCAUAUGCCUGCUUCACACACCGGAAUGCGGAGUCGUCGCGUCAUACUCAAGAACUUGCCGCCCGACGCAACGCUGCCAUUGAUCACACGAGGCAUUCGAUGCCAUGGAGGGCUCGUCAGUAUGAUGAUGAUCAACACUGCUCCCAUUUUUGGCGAUAACACCAAAACGGCCAUUCUAGAAUUUAUGCACCAUCAGUCGGCGGUCCAGUUCACAAACGCCACCAAUAAAUCCCCUCUCUUGUACAAGGCCAAAAACGGUGACGUCUACAGCGCCGACCCAUGGCUGGUCCCAUCUUCCUCCUAUGGCUUCGGCAGAAUUGACCGAGGACUUAUUGACAACAAGUGUACUCGUGUUCUUCUCCUUAAAGGAUUUCCAAAAGAGUGCAUAUGGUACUUCAUUAACGCUGUUGGAAUGAACAACAUCGCUUAUGCUGACUAUGAUCAGAGCCUCGAUGGAUUCACAGUUGCAUUUACGAGUCUAUUCCAAGCAAACAAAGCUGAUCGGCUCAUCUUUCAAGGAAGGUUUUCUGACUUUUACACUAUCAACCCGCAAGAUGCAAAGUUUCGCAUCUUCCUGCAGGAUUCGACGCAUGUGGUGGAGAGAUCCAGAGUCAAUGCUCGGCAGCUCGAAACUCCAAUCAUACACCGCUCAGGAGACGAUUUUGAAGAGCAAUGGAAUCGUUAUCCCUAUAACGAUUACCUGCCUCCUCACCUUCGAAAGGCGGCUGCUCAAUCUGGCCCAACGCGGCUCUCUCUCAAGACACGCUUAGCCUUGCAGUACGACAUUGACGAAAGCGAGGUCGACGACUAUCUUGAUGAUCUCGAGAAGUACAAGGACACCGAAUACCGCCUCAUAGGCAGUUCCAUCACCUUGAAGCGACGAAAAUGGGGCUGGAGCAUAUCGGCUGAGGACGAGAACAAGCUCUUCCUGGCAAACACGCUCCACGAACCCGAAUGGGCAGAGCACUGGGACGAACACUUUAAGUCGUGUGGUGAGAUCAACCGCCGCAAAUGGGAGCACUACGGCAUGGUUGCCAAGCACCGCCGUGAGAAGGCCGCAGAACAGGGCCUCAGCCUGGACUCGGUACCAAAGUGCCCAAAGGGUUGUGAGAUGGGAUGCCGUGAUAUCAAGACAGUGCCCGCGGCGCCUGUUGUGAAGAAAUUCUUUGAAAAAAGAUACUGA